AUGACGGAUGUAGCCAGACUGGAUGAAUGAAUAGAAUUAUUAGUUCUCACCAUGAAUACUAUUAAUUUUUCAUCUUUUCGUAAAGCAUAUGCAGAAAUAUUACGGUCGAAAAUAUUUGAUCUCUUGAUGGCUUGGUCACUCGAUUUAUUAGUGUUCCGUGGUUAUAUGGUAUUCUUGCCAAAAUGUCUCGAGAUGCAGUUUGGUAUGCCACAAUACGAUGUACAUAUACUUAUGGCAUCCUUUAGUAUAUUUGAACUUGCAAUGAAUGCAAUAAUAAGUGACGGUAUAAUCGUACGACGUCAUAAAUUUAUUGGCCGUGAAAUAGCAACAUUAAUUUUAGUCUUUUCUAUCAUUAACAGUGCUUCCUUCAGCAAAGCCUUUUUUGGUUACUAUUCGAUAGCAAGCUCAAUUGGUGCCACUGAUCGGUAA